AUGCAUUCUGAGUUGCAUUCACAGGAUGAAAAAUCCACUGCUCCUUCCAUAGAUGGUGAGAUGUAUGUUAGAAGCAGUUCGGAUGAGAGAAAACAGAAGAGAAAGAAAUUUGCAUGCGUUGAAUGCAGACAGCAAAAGUCUAAAUGUGAUGCCCAUGAUCGAGCCCCUGAGCCGUGUACUAGGUGCUUUAAGAAGAAUGUGCCUUGUGUAUUACAGCGAGAUUUCAGAAGGACCUAUAAGAGAGCUCGAAAUGAAGUCAUUGAACGUAGAUUUAAGGAACUAACAAAAUCCUUAACCAACUUAGGUGCUGAAGAGAUACUCAAGAAAAUAGAAGAGGAGCAACAGGUUUUGUUGAAUAAUAGGAACUUUACUAAGGACAAGGUGAAGAAGCUGCGAGAGCUUGGAACUCUUGAUUUGGAGGAGCCAAGUAUACAUAUGUCAAAAGCUUCAAGAAACGAAUUUAAUGAAUUCCAACCAUUUACACCACCAUGUGAGUCAGUAUUUCUAACGAAGGAACAGCUCAAAUGUGCUCCGAAAAGGCUAGGUGAUGUGAGUAUGUCUUCUGCAGAUAUUUCGGAGUUAUUUCAGGAAUUUGCAACCAAAUAUCAUCAGUUUCUUCCAGUAGUUGACAUAUCCAAAGGCCCUGAAAGGAUAUACAAGCUGUGCCCAUGUCUUUUCUGGGUUAUUAUUCUCAUUUCAUUAAGAAGAAAGGUUCGAAGUAUGGCUUUAAUGAAAAAGUUGUCAUCCAUGGUAAAAUCCAUUAUUGCGGAGAUUUGCACUUCUCCAAUAAUAAGAUAUUCCCCCUCUGAAACGGAUGAACCUAUUCUAAAUGCUGCAUCUGUCUAUUCUGCUCAAGCACUGCUUCUGUAUACGUAUUGGCCCCCUAUUACGUCAUCGUUGAGUGCGGACACAUCAUGGAACACCGUAGGAUUUGCAAUGCUUCAGUCCAUACAAAUUGGUCUUAAUAGCACCCAAUAUUCCACCGAAUAUGCAAAUGCGAAUUCGAAAGUCAUUAAUGAGCGGAUUCAAACUUGGGUGUGUUGCAAUAUCGUUUCACAAACCAUUGCGUCAGCAUUUGGGUUUCAAUCUUUUUCAUCCUAUGAUUUUGCUGUCAUCAGUGCAUUGAAUAAUAACAUAAACAUCAAUCCCAAUGUCCUGCUUUCUCCUUGUCUCAAAGAAAUGGCCCAGAUAGCACACUUUGAGUAUCAGAUAACGAAUACAAUGAAUUGUAACCCACUAAGCCCUACUGGAAUGGUAAAUAGCGAUGAGAAAUUGCCAUUAUUACAUGUUUUAGAUAAACAGUUAACUGCCUUGGAAUUUAAGCUACAGAGCGAUCAUCUUGACGAUAUAAGAAAGUUUAUGCUAUUGUUGACGAAAGUACAUCUAUUUUCAUACUAUUUUACCACAAUAUCUUCGGAUUCACAGCUUUCUAACUUAAGUUUCUCAGAUAUAACAAUCAGGGGCGUUGAAUUAGAUUUUAUAAGCAAACGAGGGUUAGUAAGAGCUUAUAAUUCUGCAGUAGCUCUUUUGGAGCAUGCUGAAUCCAUAGGGAAAUCACAACCUUCAUUGAUUAAAUACUUUCCAAGCGUGUUUGUACUUAGUAUAUGGCAGUCAGCGUGUGUGAUUUCUAAACUAGCCAAGUCCUCUCUUGAAGAUGCAUUGGAUAUUAAAUCAGGGGAACUGGCCUACCAAGCAGCUAUAUUAUUAUCUCUUGAUGCUUCGGUGGUAAAACACGAUAUGGCAUAUAGAUCUUCAGGAAUAAUGCGGAGCUUGUGGAGCAUGUUCAGUAACAUGUAUGAUGAUUGGAAGCUGAAACGAGAUGCGAAUAACGGAAUUUUGCCUCAGGACUUUAACUUGGGAAUAGCAAUUAAAACAAGAAUGUCAGUCAGUGUUUUCUUUGAUUGUUUAUUUGUACUAAGACAGAAAUGUGGGAUGGCUAAAUUAGGUCGUGAACUCAAACGUAAACUAACAGACUACGAAGGGGAGGAUGGUGAUAUAGAAGACAACGAUACUGGAAAAGCUGUUAACAUAGGUUUGACCAGAGAGAAAAACCCUGAGGAAAAUGCAAGGAAAAUUAUUGAGACCAUUCCAUUAGAUCCAGAGCCCUUUAAUGUACUGCAAAACUCUGAAACCGAUACCGUCUCACCAAAUGAAACUAACGCAAGCCGUUCUCUUUCUCUAAAAACAAUAUUAAACGCCAAUUCACCGGAAAAACAGCCAAGGCAUCAAAGUGUACCAGUGUUCAGAAUAUCCAAAAGCUCGGAUAGCACACCAGCAACCGUGCUGGAGAUGAAUGAAAAUGUUGACUAUGGAACUGUCCAUGUGCAGAAACUUCAGUCUAAUGAUUUCCUUCAAAAUUUUAUGAGCUCUGAGAAAGCUAACAAUGUGUAUGAUGCUAUCUCGAGCUUAAACCAAAAUAAUGUCCAAUUCCCUGACACAGAGUCGAAUAAGUCUUCAAACAAUGUUGAACAUCCUCUGUAUGCUGACCAAUCAACCUAUAAUAGUGACGGACCUAAUACCCUUUCAAACUUCCAAAGGGAUUCACCACAACUAUUAGAUAAUUGGGAUAAUCGUGAAAGUUGGGAGUCGGACGUUGUCUUCAAAGAUGUUGAUCUGCUGAUGGCGGAGUUUGCGUUCAACCCAUCUGUACUCUGA